AUGGCGAAGAGGAUGCUGGGAUUGUUGUCACUCGUGGUCGGAGUCUUGUCUUGGCCGCACGAUCCGGAGCAAGUGGACUUCAAUCUCAACACGAAUGAAGAAGCGCUCAAUCCUAUGCAAUAUUCGGGGAAAUGGGAGGGACACAACUACACCGCUUCGCCCAAGAAUUGGAGAUUUCCAUUCUAUACGCUCUUCCUGGAUCGAUUCGUGAAUGGAGAUCCGAGGAAUGAUGACAUCAAUGGGACGGUGUUUGAGAAUGAUGUUAUGAGUACCUCAUUUCGUUAUGGCGGAGACCUUGUUGGUCUUCAGGACUCGUUGGACUAUCUACAGGGAAUGCUCGUGAAAGGAAUCUACAUUUCCGGUACCCCUUUUCUCAACAGACCGUGGAAAUACGACCAAUACUCGCCCCUCGAUCUUACCAUUCUCGACCACCACUCAGGGACUAUCAAGGAAUGGCAGAGUUUGGUCGACGAGGUUCACUCGAGAGGCAUGUACCUGAUGCUGGACUUGACUGGCUCAACUCUAGCGGAUCUGAUCGGAGUCGAGAAGCAUCUAAACGAGACAGCACCCUUUUCACCAAAAGAAUACGACGUCAUCUGGAAAGAUCCAGCGAGGAACUAUUCAGACUUCACAUUCAACAACGUCCGCGAUGAAACGUGCGAGUAUCCUCGCUUCUGGAAUGUAUCCGGCGAGAGAGUGCUGAAAGAUUCUACUGAGGUUGUUGACGCUCAGUUUUCGCAACUCGUGGGGUGCUACAAUAGCGAAUUUGACCAGUAUGGCGAUACGGAGGCCUUUGGUGUUUAUGCUGAUUGGCAAAGAGAGCUUACCAAAUUUGCCUCGGUACAAGACCGCUUGCGUGAAUGGAUGCCCUCGGUCAGGGAGAAGAUCUCGCUCUUCGCUUGCCUCUUGAUCUCGCAAUUAGACAUUGAUAGCGUCCGCUUUGACAAAGCAACACAGAUGACCCCGGAUGCUCUUGCUUCCAUGUCAGCUGAUUUGAGACGAUGUGCUCAAAGUCACGGUAAAGACAACUUCUUCAUCGCUGGAGAAAUUGCAGGUGGUGAUCGAUUCGGCUCCAUUUUUGUGGGUCGGGGGAGAGAAUUUCAUACCUAUCCAGAUGAGGUACCGACAAACUACUCAAACAGUACCUUAUUUCUUCGAGAUGAGGGACUUGAAGCGCUCGAUGCUGCUGCAUUCCACUAUAGUAUACGUCGAACUCUCACCAGGCUUCUAGGCCUUGACGGACCGCAUCUCGAAAAUGGGUACGAUCUGCCGACUGAUAUUUCCAACAGCUGGAACACCAUGCUCGUGUCAAAUGACUUUCUCAACGCCAACACAGGAGAUUUAGACCCCCGGCAUAUGUACGGAGUGACCAAUCAAGACGUCUWCCGAUGGCCUGCAAUCGCCGAUGGCACGCAACGUAUGCUGCUCGGGCUCUUCAUCACAACCUUGGUUUUACCUGGAAUUCCUCUUUCCCUUUGGGGAGAAGAGCAAGCGCUGUAUCUCCUGACUGAGACCACAGCCGUCAACUACAUGUUUGGUCGACAGCCCAUGGCAUCUAACGUUGCUUGGCAGCUUCACGGAUGUUUCAGUCUAGACACCACUGCCUCGGACUUCUUUCAUUUACCUCUCGAGGCAGCCCUGAAGGGUUGCGAAGAUGAGCUGGUUGGUCGUGAUCAUCGAGAUCCUACUYAUCCAGUCCGGAACGUAAUGAAGGCCAUGUAUUCACUCCGCGAGAGAUAUUCGAUCCUCAAUGAUGGGCUCGCUCUUCAGGCGUUGUCCAAGCAGACGCAUGAAAUCCAACUGCCUGGUUCGAAUGGUACGGCUACGGAGACUGGGACGUGGAGUGUAGUUCGGACUCCGCUAGAUGUUCAACAACUGGACUCUGGCAACCAAUCUGUAUGGCUGGUGUAUCACAAUGAAGACCAUGAAAUUACGUACAGUUUCGACUGCAAGAAAAACGACACUGCACUGAUAGCACCGUUUGCGGAGGGUACCAAGAUCCGAAACCUUCUCUUCCCAUACGAAGAACUUGAGCUGCAGGACGGCCCCAAAAUCAAAAGAUUCAUCGACAAGUCACAGGAGUUCAAUGGCUGCUUGGGAAAGCUUAAGCUGGAAGCAUGGGGUUUCAAGGCGUUUGUACCAAGCAGCGCAUGGACGAAGCCGAUGUCGUCGCUAACAGGCUUUGUACCUGGUCACGAUGCAAGACUGCAAUCCGCCUCAACAAUCAAAGUCGAGCUACAUUUCUCGGCCGAGAUGGUCUGCGAUGACAUAACUGAAGGCAUGACGAUCAGUUCAACAACAGAAAGCGGCAAGACUCCGAAGAUUGAUCCCGAAUCUGUAUCCUGCUCUGCCAUAUCGCAGCCAACUAAUGGGUCUUAUAUCCCAUCUGYUUGGGCAUGGCAAGCAACACUGCUCAAUGUGUCGGACGGCAUCCACAGCAUCAGUUUGAAAACGCCUUCAACAUCCUCAGCUGUGCGGGACAUUAUCGAUCACCUCAUGUUCCGCGUGGGUCGCCCAGAUAACCCAAUGGUGUGGCCCAGCACGGCAAAUUACAGUCGUACCGCCCUGACCAAAGAGGUCGAAAGCGGAGAAUUGUCAAUAUCUCACACCGCACCUGGAGCUGACCUUUUUCGAUACUCCACCAAUUUUGGAAGCAGCUGGAGUCUAUGGGAGAAAUAUGAAGGGGGCAACUCAACGAUCAAAGAGCUUCCUUGGAAUGGAACCCGUCGCCAGAAAUGGUCCGGAGAUCACAUUAUUCUCCAAUACUGGAGCAAGAAAUCUGGCAGUAGCGCUCACAUCCAGCAUGCUGAUGCUGAUUGGUCCAAGAAGCCUCCACGAUGGUAUCCCAACAUGUAUGCGCAGGGUCCUUACAAUCAGUUUGGUUUCGAUGCAGGCUUACCGAGUCGUCUUCGUCAUGAAUCAUCUAGUGGUCUGUCGACAUUCCACCUCAUGACUGAGUGGCCAACAGUACUUCAAUUGAACGUCUGGGGCAUGAACCCAGACGGCAAACCCGAUCAAGGGUUUGUAUUUGGAGAUGCAAAUAACGACAGCGUCCUCGAUCGGGUUGUACCAGAAGCGUUGGCUCCUACUGUGUUGAAUUUCAGUGUGCUGCCGCCUUCGCCGUAUUUGGCCUACCAAUUGCGUCUGAAUCAAGGGACCCUUCGCUAUAGCUUCGUCGCGGUUGGCUCCCGCAUGGUUCAGAUCAUAACAUACUUGCUACUAUGGGUGUUGCCAGUUCUGUCGGCUUCGAUCGGGAUAUGGGCAUACAUGGGAGCCUUUUACCGAAUCAAAUUCAACAAGACUGGCAGCUCGAAAAAUGCUGUUGUUCCUGGUCUGUUCGGACGGUUCAAGAUUCGACGUGCAGGCUUUCAUCCUCUCAAUGACCACCACGAUCAAGACAUCAAGAUGGGAGUUGUACAUUCGAGGAAUGUGUCUGCUGGAUCAUCGGCUGGUGGGUUGGUAGAGAAGACCACCACCAGAAGAUGCGUCUUGAUAGCUACUAUGGAGUAUGACAUUGAAGACUGGGAUAUUAAGAUCAAGAUUGGCGGACUUGGAGUCAUGGCUCAGUUGAUGGGUAAAGCUCUGACGGAACAGGACUUGAUCUGGGUAGUCCCUWGUGUCGGUGGGAUUGAUUAUCCCAUCGACAAUCCCGCUGAUCCUAUAACCGUGACUGUUCUGGAUCAGCAAUACGAGGUGCAGGUACAAUAUCACCAAUUGCGGAACAUCACAUAUGUUCUCCUGGACGCUCCAGUGUUUAGGCAGCAAACAAAAGCUGAGCCAUACCCCCCACGCAUGGAUGACCUAGACUCAGCAAUCUACUACUCCGCCUGGAAUGCUUGCAUCGCAGAGACUGUCAAGCGAUUUCCCGUGGWCAUCUACCACAUCAAUGACUACCAUGGCGCAGCCGCACCACUCUAUCUUCUCCCCCGAACAAUUCCCUGCUGCCUCUCAUUGCAUAAUGCAGAGUUUCAAGGACUGUGGCCUAUACGUACGAAAGAGGAACAGGAAGAGGUUUGCAAGACUUUCAAUCUGAGUCUGGAGAUUGUGGAAAAGUAUAUUCAAUUCGGGGAAGUGUUUAAUUUGCUUCACGCCGGAGCGAGUUAUUUGAGGGUGCAUCAGAAAGGAUUUGGAGCUGUGGGUGUGAGCAGCAAGUAUGGUCCGAGAUCCUACGCACGAUAUCCCAUCUUCUGGGGCUUGAAAGAGAUCGGAGCGCUACCGAAUCCCGAUCCAACAGAUACCGAAGAAAAAGAAGAAACAGACGGAGCUAAUGCUAGCAAGAGUGUCACAAUUGAUCAUAUCUAUGAAGCCUCCCGUGGCGAUUUGAGGAAGCAGGCCCAAGAAUGGGCGGGACUGGUUGUGGAUCCCACCGCAGAGCUUUUUGUCUUUGUUGGUCGAUGGUCUGUUCAGAAAGGUGUUGAUCUUAUUGCUGAUGUGUUUCCGGCUGUUCUGGAAAAACACAAAAGCGUACAACUCAUCUGUAUUGGACCGGUGAUUGAUCUACAUGGGAAAUUCGCUGCAUUGAAACUAGAGCAAAUCACCAAGAAUUACCCCAGAAGAGUCUUUUCCAAACCCGAAUUCACACAAAUUCCACCAUAUCUGUUUAGUGGGGCUGAGUUUGCUUUGAUUCCUUCUAGAGAUGAGCCGUUUGGGCUUGUUGCUGUGGAAUUUGGUCGGAAAGGUGCUCUUGGGGUUGGUGCGAGGGUUGGAGGGUUGGGACAAAUGCCGGGAUGGUGGUUCACUGUCGAAAGUAGCACCACCAAACACAUGAUCCACCAGUUCAAAUCCGCAAUCGACGAUGCCAUUGGAUCCUCCACCACCGUCCGAGCUGAGAUGAGAGCACGCGCCGCCAAACAGCGCUUUCCAGUCGCUCAGUGGGUUGAGGAUCUGGAGAUACUCCAGAGCGCGGCGAUUCGUAUCCACAAGAACGAGAAACGUACCUCUCGUCGAAGAUCUGUAUCCCCGGGACUGUUUACAAAUCCAUACGCAAGCACUGACCGCCUUUCUUCCUAUGAAGAGGAUCCCAUUCCAACUCUCGAGGAUGCUGGAUCUGACAGAGGUAAACUUGGUCGGACGCUCACCCUGGGCACUCGAGCUGGGCCUGGACAUCGCAUCAGCCACGGAGGCCAAACGGUCGACAUGUGGGCUGAGGUGGAACAGCAGACUGAAGUGUCGAUAUCUCAGGAAGAGGCCGAAGCCGCCUUUCGUGGUGACGAGGUACGACAAACUCUGGGGCAGUUAGAGGGACGCCCCAAGCGUCCAAGAGCUAUUACUCGUCUCGAUACCGACCCCGACGAGGACUCACGAGGGAGAUCUGGCGCAGGCACUCCGCGGAUCUCCGUCGAAUUGCCCACAGCAGUCGAAGCCCGACCAUUCGACUUUACCGUCACUCCCAAUCGAACUCGCUCUCUGAGUCCUACAUUCGGAGCCAGGCUUGCGCCCACGGAAAUCCGCUCUUCGAGACAUGCUUCCUCCACAUCACUGCUCAGUCUCAGCGAGGUGACGCAUGGCAGACAAGACUUUAAUCUACAGAAGAUUGAACUCAACUUCACAGACGCCCAAGGAGAGUACUAUAGAAUGUUCCAAAGCAUGCUCGAAAAGGACCUAGAUGCCAAAACUUCAGAGAGCACCCUUGUGAUCGAAGACUUCCUCAAGGAGAGUGAGAAGGAAUGGGCAGCGCGUUACCGUAAUGCGAAGCUUGGCCGUUCCCCAAGUCCAGGCCGCCAUAAGAGAGACUCUUCCGGUAGCGGGAUCCACUCCUCACAUCGAGACAGCUCUAGUGACAGCAGUAUUGCAUAUAUCGGGCCAGAGAUGAACGAAUUCCUCCUGCAUAGAGACUACAUCAAGCCCUCAAUCGUAAAGAGAUGGAUGCGAACUCGAAUCCUCGACUGGCCAAUCUACAGCUUCUUUCUAGCAAUUGGACAGAUCAUCGCCGCAAACUCCUACCAGAUCGUCCUGCUUACUGGCGGUGCUCGCGGCGAUGAGGCGCAGAUUCUAUACGUCGUUGGGGGGAUUUAUAUCCUCGCUUCGGGUCUCUGGUGGGUGAUUUAUCGGAAGAUGACGCCGAGGUGGGUUUUGAGCUUGCCUUUCUCCUUGUAUGGAAUGACGUUUCUCAUUGUGGGAUUGGCGCCGUUUAUCCAUUCGGGCGGGGGAAGGGAUUGGGCUCGUAAUGUGGCAACGGGGCUUUACGCUGCUGCAUCUGCGAGUGGAUCGCUGUACUUUGCUCUUAACUUUGGAGAUGAAGGUGGUUCUCCGAUCGAAUCGUGGAUCUAUCGUGCUUGCCUUGUGCAAGGUAUCCAGUCGAUAUAUGUGACGGCACUGUUCUAUUGGAGUAAUACCAUGUCCGAAGCAGCCUCCGCAGGCGAAACCCCUCAAUCCAUGAUUGCCAACAAACCUAUAAUGGCGGCGAUUGCGUGUCCCAUUGGGGCUGUCUUGCUCGCCAUCGGCGCGCUUCUCUUCACAUCACUUCCUCCAUACUAUCGCCAAACGCCGGGAAAGAUUCCAAACUUCUACCAAUCACUCCUCCGAAGGAAACUCAUCAUCUGGAUGCUCGUCUCGGUGGUCUUGUCCAAUUACUGGCUUUCAGCACCUUACGGGAGAAGUUGGUCGUAUUUGUGGUCAUCUCAACACGCCCCAAAAUGGACCAUAGCCAUCCUCGCCGUCUUCUUCUUCAUAGGAGUCUGGACGGGUCUCCUCCUCAUCUUCGCACAAUUGAGCAAGUCACACUCUUGGUUCCUCCCAAUGUUCGCCUUCGGGCUACUUGCUCCCCGAUGGGCGCAGAUGUGGUGGGGUACAUCAUCAUAUGGGCUCUGGCUUCCAUGGAUACCAGGUGGAGCUGUAGGCGGCGCCAUUGCUGGUCGCUCGUUAUGGUUGUGGCUCGGAGUGCUGGACUCGAUUCAAGGAAUUGGUAUCGGCAUGGCAUUACUUCAAACCCUUACGAGAAUCCAUGUGGCCAUUACUUUGACGGCAUCCCAAAUUUUGGGAGCCGCAGUGACUAUGAUUGCGAAGGCUUCCUCGCCUAAUAGAGCAGGUCCGGGACCGGUGUUUCCAGAUCUUUCUGAAGGAGUCGUGGCUGGAUUGGCUCAACCUUGGUUCUGGGUGGCUUUGGUCUGUCAGCUUGUUAUUCCUGUGGGAUUCUUUGUGUUCUUUAGAAAGGAGCAGCUCAUGAAGCCUUGA